AUGGCAACAAAGAAAACGAAAAAGACGAAAUUAAAGUCUUUGUCAUCUGGAAGACCUCCGAUUUCAAAAUCAACUCGAUCCAUAUCUAAUAAAGCAACCAGGACCCUCAUUAGAGCUCAUCACACCUUGGAAAAGCAGAAAGCGCAAGCUAUCAAGGACGGAGAUCAUGCGAAAGCUGAAGCAAUCGCUAGGGAAAUUGAAUCCAAAGGUGGGUUGAAACGAUAUCAAGAGGCAAGUCUUCUCGGUCAGAGCAAUGACAGAGGAGGAGAUAGUUCUAGAGUUUUGAUGGAGUGGUUGCAACCGACCGUCCAGGCUUUGAAAGAGCAAGCAGCCACCGAACCUCUUCGACUACUGGAAGUCGGAGCUCUGAGUCUCACCAACGCAUGCUCGAAAAGCAAGCUUUUCAGCAUUGAAAGAAUCGAUUUGAAUAGCCAAGCCGACGGGAUCAAGCAGCAAGAUUUCAUGGAGCGACCACUUCCCACAUGCCAAGCGGAAUAUUUCGACAUUGUCAGUUUGUCUCUCGUCCUCAAUUACGUCCCGGAUGCCAUAGGCAAAGGUGCAAUGUUGCUUCGCACUCUAAAAUUCUUGAAGUCCAAGAUGUACACGGAAGACUUGAAGGCGGUAUUUCCUUGUCUGUUCCUGGUAUUACCUUCACCCUGUGUUUUGAACUCACGGUAUAUGGACGAAAAGAAACUAGAGUCUAUCAUGAUGGCUUUGGGAUUUGUUCAGAUCAAGAAGAAGCUUUCUAAUAAGCUGGUUUACUAUUUGUGGAAACUAGAGUCGCCGACAACGAAUCGACAAUUUGGGUUCAAGAAAGAGGAAAUUCGCUCGGGAAAGGAUAGGAAUAACUUCUCUAUCGUUCUGAAGUGA